AUGAUCUCGUCAAACCCGCGCACCGGGGACGUGGUCGGGAGUCUCAACGCCGGCGAAGUGUUCCGACAAAUGACGGAGCUGGCCUGGCGCACCGGCGACCCGGGUAUCGUGUUCCUGGACCGCAUCAAUCGCGACAACCCGAACCCGCAGCUGGGAGACAUCGAGUCGACCAAUCCGUGCGGCGAGCAGCCGCUGCUGCCAUACGAGUCGUGCAACCUGGGUUCGCUGAACCUGGCCCGGAUGGUGCGGUACACGGACGAUGACGUGCUGGUUGACUGGGAACGGAUGAGUGAAGUCAUCACGACCGCGGUGCACAUGCUGGACUGCGUGAUCGACAUGAACGACUAUCCCAUCCAGGAGAUACGCCGACAUGAGCCGGCGGACCAGCGCAUCGGGUUGGGCGUCAUGGGAUGGUCGGACCUGCUGAUCCAAAUGGGGCGUGCGCUACGACAGCGUGGAAGCCCUGGAAUUGGCGCGUGA